CGUGGGGCCCGGCGGACCCGCUCGCCAUCAGCGUGCCGCGCGCGGAGAUGGCCCGGCAGUGGCUGGACCGCCACAGCAUGUACCACAUCGAGGCGGCCUCGGGCCUACACGUGCCAGCGCCGGUACACAAACUUCUCGUGGUUGCACACGGAGCUACGCAGCCGGAACCUGGGGUGCGCCCUCCCCGAGCUGCCGCCGAAGCGCGCGGUGCGCAAGCUCGAGGAGUCCUUCGUGGAGGAGCGGAGGCGCCGCCUCGAGGACUACCUCCGCGCGCUGCUGAGGCUGCCGGCCGUGAUCCAGGACGACUCCCUGUGGACGUUCCUGGACGCCGACAUCGCCACGGCCGUCGUGCCCCGGUUCCUGUGCCGGCCGCAGGCCCCCUCCGCUGCCGGCGAGCUCCUGCGGCAGCUGGAGCGGGUGGCCUCGGUGAGCUCCAGCACGUUCCGCUUUUGCAGCCCAGCGGUGCUGGACGAGCUGGUGGUCUUCGUCAGGGCCGAGGCCGCGGAGGGCGCCUCCCCCGCGGCCGGCUUGGCCAACCCCGCCCAGCACAGGGAGCUGCAGGCGCGCCUGAACAAUCGCCUGCGGCUGUGCAGCGUGCUCCAGAUCCUGAUGAGGCACGAGCGGGCUCGGCAAGGCCUCGUGGAUGCGGGUGCAUUCAGCGCGCUGCUGGCGCUGCUGCAGCGCGCGGACGAGGACGCGCGGGCGCAGUCGGUGCAGCCGGCGCAGCCGGCGCAUCUGGCGCAGGUCGCGGACGCCCGCCGCGCGGCCACCACGGUCCUCGCCGACUGCCUGCGGGGCUUCCUCGACGGCACUCGGGGAGAGGCGAUGCUGAGGUUUUGCCAGCAGGACGGCGGGUUCAGCGCGCUUCAGCCGCUGGCCGCCGCGGAGGCACCCGUCCUGCACCCGGUGUGCGCCGCGCUGCUGUGGCACGGCUUCCAGCACCCUGGCGUGGUGCAGGCGUUCAGCUGCAACGCGGCCUGCGGACUUAAGCUGCUGGGCCGGCUGCUGCGGUCGCCGGACCUCUGCGCGAGGCUGCUGGCGGGCCUCUGCCUCGGCUGCGUGCUGCGCUGCGACGGCGCGCUGGACGAGGAGAGCAGCAAGUUCUGCCUGCAGGCGCUGCCGGAGAUCAUCGGGGGGCUGGACGAGGCUGUUGGGAAGGUGCUGAAGGAUCCUAUCUACCUGCCAGCGGCGAAGGAUUUCACGGCCUCCCCCGCGGCGUGCUUCGGCGGCAGGCUGCGGCGGUCCGUGGUGUGGGCCGCGUGCGGGGGCCCCGCCUUCGCCGCGCCCGCGCCUUCGGCGGGAGCGGGCGGCAGUGCAGCGGUGGCGGGCCCGCCAGCGGCCGCCGGCCCGGGCGAGCGUGGCGCCCCGAAGCCCAUGGCCCCUGUCAGGUCCACAGGACGGGGAAAAGGCAGGGCCUUCGAGAGGCGCGCGCUGCACACUGCGAGCCGCACGGUCGGGAGUAUCGGCGCCGGGCGCUCGAGCUUCCGGCACGGGAGCAGACUCAAUGCGAGGAGCUCGGGCAGUGACAUAUCUGACAUCUACUUCUCCCGUUCUCUGAUUUGGCUCCGCGUCGAGACUAGGUCCACGGGCUCCAGCCUGCACGGACUCCAGCCUGCACCGUACUGGUUGUACACGGACGUGCGGAAUGAAGUGCGUAAGAGAAGCAGCGCGGGGGGUUGGUUCCUCUGCGCCCAUGGGAUCAAAGAGGGCGUCCCUCUUUCAGUCGGCCUGCUUGUACUGUGUAUCGACCCCGUGAUCCGCAUGAACGCUGCACGGCUACCACCUCCUAAUAACACGCUGGGGGUUUUCGCCGACGACGUGGGCCUCGUGAGCGGCGACAUCGUCGAGAGGUGCGGAAAGUAUCUCAGACUAACGGGCACGGUGGCCGUGAUUGGACGUGGGCUGAGCCAUUGGUUCAAUUCCAGGAGCGCGUACAGCUUGUUCAGAGCCUCGGGCUUCAUCUGGCUGAGGCUUAUUCUAAACAUCUUGGACAUCGUGCUGAUGAAUGCCAUCCUGAACGACAAUAUGCUGACUACCUUCAUGGAGGCCUUCGCCAUCGUCGACGGGAGACUUGUGGUCGAGAUCACCCGACACUUACAGCACUUCAGAUACACAUACGUUCAGACGUUGAUCUUUCUGACGCUGUUCUCUCUUUUGCAGUUGACGCCUCAUCGAGCCAUGGCGGCUUGGAACCUUCAGAUGGACCCGACGGAGCUCGAGACCGCCAAGAAGAGGUUGGCAGAUCCCUCUCAGAUGAACUUCUUCUCAGGUGGCGGACUCGGAAGGAGGCAGAAGCAGCCCAGGCAUGCCGCCGCAGAUGCCUCUCAGGCGGCAGGCUCCAGGAAGGACGCUCCGAUGGCGGCGCUGGACGACGACGACAGCGAGGACGAGACUGCUCAGGCGGCGAUGAAAGGCUACCUGAAUGUGGCCCAGAGGACGAGGGCACUGGAAGGCUCGGUCCUGACGACGCACCUGAUUCCGAGCGAGUGCACGAUCAACCCUCCAGGCGUGGCAGCGGCAACCAAGUACGUCGAGACGGCCCAGAGCAAUCCCGACCACCAGAUGGGGCCCCCCAGCGCGUGCGUGGCGAUGGCCGUCCUGACCACGAUCGCCAACCAUGCGACGUUGCAGUCGAACCCUCAGCUGGCGGACAGCCUCAAAGCCCCGCAGAGCCUCUUGGAGUGGAUCAAGGGUCAGCCGAUCGUCGUAGUAGCGGAGUUCUUCAAGUACUGGAGGGCCAAGACGGCCUACGUGAAGGAGGGGUCCCCGAAAAUGGUCAGGCACAUUUUUUUCAUAAACAGUUGGGCGAGCGGGCCCAACGGCGUGCUCGAACUUGGCUUCAGCAGCUGGUCAGGCGCGACCACCGCCUGGAGGCUCCGGCUGGGUGGAGCCGAGCUGCGUGGGCUGACCGUGCAGAACGAGGGCCCCGUGGGAGCAGCACCUCAUGGGAUGCUCCCAGGCGUUGGUGCCGUCAACUCGUACGGGUUCGGAAGGAACCGCACGGCGGCGCAGAUGCAGCAGAUCGACCCGACUGCGCUGGCCUACGGCACCGCCGCUCUGGCCGCCGACCACCUGCGCCUGCGGCUGCCGAUGUCGGGCGGGCCGUUCGCCGUUCCGCUGACCUUCGGUCCCGCAGGCGCCGGGGCCCCCACGGCCGUGGUGAUCCCGCCUGCUGGCUCGCACCUCCGCGGGGCCGCCAGCUUGAUGCCGCUGGCUGACGGGACGUGGGUGGCCGUCCGCUCGAUCUCCGAGCCCGCGCAGACCUACGCGGGGAGGGAGGCCUCUUCCGACGCCAGGCUGAUGUGGAGCAUCGUCGCGAACCCAGCGGUUCUGAGCGGCAGGAGUCGUUCAACGUUCGUGGACUGGUACUUUCCUGGCCCCCGCAUGUGGUUCUGGAGCUGUCAGUUCAUAGACCGACGCCAGGGCGGUCCUUUCGACCGCCUCAGGUUCUGGGGGCUCGGCCCUGGGCUGUCGACCGAGGAGUGCGGAGGCGGCGCCCACGAGGCAAAUGUGCGGGCCAUCUACACCCUCUCCCACUGGGGCGGCCUCGACGUGCCGAACCCGCCGGAUGGAGAGCAGAUGUGCAGGACGUGCUUGACGUAUAAGUACGUGUACGACGUGGAUCGAGAUCCUCACCUCUGUGCGCCCCCUGUCGGAGACGGAGGCGACGAGGGGCACGACAAGAAGAAGGUCCUGCUGAGCUUCGGGUUCAUCAACGAUGGCACCGGCCGCGCCAACUCGAUGGAGGGCGAGAUCGUUCGGACCCUCAACGAGCUGCACCUUAGCCAGCCCUGGCGCCCCGUCAGCCACCCUCAGUCCAUCGCUGCGGGCCAGCGGCAGGGAUUGACUGGCUCAGGAGCCCUCGAGGAGCUCCUAGUUCUCAGCGACUAUGCUGGCGAGAGCGCCACAGUCGCUCCGCUCGACUUUGAUAAUAUCAAUAGUCUCUCGCUUCCAGACGAGGGUUCAAGGGAUGCUGGCCGAAAGAUAGUCGAGCGGCUUCAUGGUAUGAUGUUGUCCCAGUCUGAGGGUCGUGCUCGGAUCGAGUCUGAGGGCCCCUGGAAGCUCUGCACCGACCCGGCGCUGAGGAACCCCAAGCUGUAUGUCCAGCUGCUGCGGAUCCUCGAGCGCCGGAAUCUUCUCGAUUUCUACAAGGACAAGUGUUGCAACGUAGGUGUCUUCUUCGUUUACAAGAAGUCGGGUAAGCUGCGGCUCGUCCUGGACGGCAGGCACGCAUCUCUGCACUUCCAGGUCCCCGACAAGGUCGCCUUAGCGUCGGGUGCGACCUUCGCUGGCCUCCACGUGGACGGGGGCAAGCCCAUCGCGGUGGCGGAGGUCGACCUGGCGGACGCGCUCUACACGAUGCUGCUGCCUCCGAAGUUCAGGAGGUACUUCGCGCUCCCUGGCUGCCGCGCUGGGUUGCUGGGCGUCGAGAGCACAGCGGACGGGCGGCGCCUGGCGGGAACCGACCUGGUGUACCCGUGCUUCAGGUGCCCCCCGAUGGGCUGUUCCUUCAGCCUCUGGAUCUGCCAGGCGACGCUGGAGGGGGUGGCUCUGAAGGUGCCCCAGCUUUCCCUCGCGAACCGCUUCGUGGACCGCCGACCUGUGCCGCUGGUGUCCGAGGGUGUGAUUCAUGCCGAGUGCGUGGACAAUGCGAUGAGCCUCUCUACGGACUUGGAGACGGCGGUCGCCGCGGCGUCGGCCGUGGACUCGAACCUUCGUGCAGCGGGUCUCCCUACCCACGGAGUCGAGAGCAGCUUUGGCGCCGUGGCACUAGGCUGGCAGUUCGACGAGAAGUGCCCGAUCAUCGGCCUGAACCCAGCGCUCCGCUGGAAGUUGCGGUUGGCCUGCCUGGAGCUGUGUCGAAGGGGAUAUGCUUCGGGCAAGACGAUCUCGCGCGUGGUGUCCUAUUUCACCUCGCGGGGUCUGAUUCGCCGAGAGUUUUUGGCCGCCCUCAACUCGCUGUGCGCUUUUUCUGCCCAGUAUUGA